GUCUUGUAACAGAGAGAUCGUCGGUUUCGUCUUGGUGUAAAGAGCUUGUUUAAGCACCCUGAUACUUAAUUUUUAAAAAAUCAUUUGAAAAUGUCCGACAUUGGAUCAGAAGAGAUGGAUGAGGAGCAGGGCCCAUAUUUAGGUGAAUAUGAAGGUGGUAGGAAUGAAAAGGAAGAGCGCCAUGGUCAAGGAAAGGCAACUCUACCAAACGGGGAUACCUAUGAGGGCAUGUAUGAUGAGGGAAAACGACAUGGAUCUGGGGUGUACAGGUUUAAAAAUGGAGCAAGAUAUAUUGGUGAAUACCUAAAAAAUAAAAAACAUGGGCAAGGAACUUUUAUCUAUCCAGAUGGCUCAAAGUAUGAAGGUAGCUGGGCUGAAGACCAAAGGUCUGGCUUUGGUAAAUAUUAUUACGUGAACGGGGACACGUACGAGGGCGAGUGGCAGAACCAUGUACGUCACGGAAAGGGCACAUAUUUCUACGCAGCCACGGGAUCAAAGUACAGUGGGCUGUGGAACAAUGGGAAAUGGGAGGGACAAGGAGAGUUGAUACACGCUAACCAUAAAUACUCUGGGAUGUUCAAGGAUAACAGACCUGAAGGACGUGGCAAAUAUGUGUUUGAUAUAGGUUGUGAGCAGCACGGCCAGUACGUGAUUGUGCCUCAGCUGAAAGACACCAAGGGUGACGACGACGAGCCGACACCCCCCGUGAUGACUCAAUGGAAGGCUGGCACCAUCACGGCACUCCAUGUUAAAACUCCAGAGGAAAUAGAGGAGGAGAAGAUGCUAGAAGAGGCAGAGAAAGCCAAGGCGCAGUUAGAAGCUGAAGCAAUGGCCAAAGCCGCUGCGGAGGAGCAGGCCAAGAAAGAGGAGGAGGAGAGAGAGGCAGCGGCCAAGGCAGCAGCAGAGGCACCAGAGGAGGCAGCUCCAGUGGAAAAGGAAGAACUGCAAGACACAGAGGAGGGAAAUGUAGAUGGCGCCACAACAGAAGAAGGAGGUGGGGAUGAGACGGGCGGGGAUGGGGAGAACACAGAAGCUCUUACAGAGGAGACAGAAGAUGCAGCGCCCCCUACUGAUGAAUAAAUAAAAUUUAAAAUUUUAGCUAGUGGAAAGACAUUUUUAUGUAAAUGAAUAGCCUUUGUUUGUAUUAAUAAUUGUAAAAAUAAAUAUCUACAUUAUCAUAAUCGUUCUCAUGUUACUUCGUGCUAACAUUCAGACAAAAUUUUGAUAUCUUUUAUUAAAAUUAAUCUUAUAAUACAUGAUAAACAUGUUGUUUUGGAAUGUCAGUUUUUCAGAGACUUUUCUGUUAAAUAUUUUAUAAAAAUUUACUAUUUCAUCAUCCCCCUGUUUUACAUAAAUUCCUUGUUUUGUGUUUGUCUUAUAAUAUAUCAAAUUGUGAGGUUUUAAAUAGACAUGUCAUUUAAAGGGAAAUGUUAUUUAAAGGGAACUAAUUCUAUCUCUAGAAAGAAUAUUCUGACAUGUUCCAGCAUUACUUAUUUUACUGUAUUAAAUUGUAUCAUGAUAUAUAAAUAUUUUCUAGCACA